UCAGAGCCUGCUGCCCACUCUUUUGCCUCCUCGGAAGCUGACGAGCAAGAAGUGUCGGAGGAAAACUUUGAAGAACGAAAAUAUCCAGGGGAAGUUACUUUAACCAACUUCAAGCUGAAAUUCCUCUCUAAGGACAUCAAGAAAGAGCUGCUCACUUGCCCAACCCCAGGCUGUGAUGGCAGUGGACACAUAACGGGGAACUAUGCCUCUCACCGCAGCCUUUCUGGUUGUCCUCUUGCUGACAAGAGUCUCAGAAACCUCAUGGCUGCCCACUCUGCUGACCUCAAGUGCCCUACUCCUGGUUGUGAUGGCUCUGGUCACAUAACAGGAAAUUAUGCAUCGCAUAGAAGUCUGUCAGGCUGCCCUCGUGCCAAGAAAAGUGGGAUCAAGAUCACCCCAACAAAGGAUGACAAAGAAGACCCAGAGCUGAUGAAGUGUCCUGUUCCUGGCUGUGUUGGGCUGGGACACAUCAGUGGGAAAUACGCCUCUCACCGGAGCGCCUCGGGGUGCCCUCUGGCAGCCCGCAGGCAGAAGGAAGGGUCACUCAAUGGCUCCUCGUUUUCCUGGAAGUCCUUGAAGAACGAAGGUCCAACCUGCCCAACGCCAGGCUGCGACGGCUCCGGCCACGCCAACGGGAGCUUCCUCACUCACCGAAGUUUGUCAGGGUGUCCAAGAGCUACUUUUGCUGGGAAGAAAGGAAAACUCUCAGGGGAUGAAAUUCUCAACACCAAGUUCAAGACCAGCGACGUUCUGGAGAACGAUGAAGAGAUCAAGCAGCUGAACAAGGAGAUCAGCGAGCUGAACGAGUCCAACUCGGAGAUGGAAGCGGCCAUGGUGAAACUGCAGUCGCAGAUCUCCACCAUGGAGAAGAACCUGAAGAACAUUGAGGAGGAGAACAAAAUCAUAGAGGAGCAAAACGAAGCCCUGUUCCUGGAGCUCUCAGGGUUGAGCCAGGCUCUAAUCCAAAGUCUUGCCAAUAUCCGCCUUCCGCACAUGGAGCCAAUUAGUGAGCAGAACUUUGAUGCAUAUGUGAACACGCUGACCGACAUGUACACCAACCAGGAGUGCUACCAGAACCCAGAGAACAAGGACCUGCUGGAGAGCAUCAAGCAAGCUGUCAAGGGCAUCCAAGUUUAGUGCCAGGGGAUGGAGACGAGCAAGCAGGCAGACUGUAAGAUGGAACUUUCCCUCCAAGUAUUCAGGUUUACAAGUUACAAAACUUGUUUAAUGAAUGAAAAAAA